UGAUUAUCAAAUAAGCUUACUUGCACCUUCCUACCGCAGUAUAGAAACAUAUUGGUUUUAGGUAUUAGCAGCACUUCUGGUGCUGGCCGCUGCUUCCUGCCAGAAACAUAUUGGCAUGGGUUAUUUACAUGGGUUCAGUCAACCUAGUGUAUCCAAAGCACUACAUCUUCCAGACAUUCUAUCUAAGCAUAUUUACUUCCCUCAAACACUGUCAGAGAGGAUAGUAAUUAUAUUGCCAUGCAUAUUAAGAAGGUGACUCUGGACAUCCAUUAAGAAUCGGUCUUACCAGAAAUACCAUAGGGUGAUGCACAGGAG